AUGUGUGUAGAUACUCUCAUCACCUACACUGCUUGCAAUUGCAAAAUCAUGAUCAAAACUAUCUGUUUUGAUCAUAUCCAACACACUCUCAAGCAAGAAGAUAGGAAUCCAUGUCCUAAGGAAGUUCAUGGUCUUCAUACAAUAAGAACAAGCCCCAACACAUGCUUCCUCAAAUCAGGUAGUAAACUCGAAGACGGCCGCAUUUUCCGACAUGGAUCCCACCGCACACGUAACUACUACGAAUUUGAACGCGAUCCCAAUGAUCCCAAGAAACGUUGGGAGCGCUGGGAACGUAAGAAUCGGGGCAAAACUCGUCAGAGAGCUGAUAGUAUGGAGGCCAAUAUCAGUGCUGGUGAAGAUAGGAUGAUGAAUCUUGAGGCUGAUAAUAAUGACAGUCAUAAGGAGAGAGAGUCUCAGAUCAGAGAGUGGCAAGAGGAGACUAAGAAUAAUAGACCGCCCAGGGUUAAGGUAGAGGAAAAGGUGGCUGAGAAGGAACAACUAGCUCCGGGUCGAAAGACUGUCAACAAUGUUCUUUAUGACAUUUCCGAUCCUCGCAGCGAUGAUGAAUUCUCUGAUGAUGAUGACUGGAAGCCAGAGUCUAAGGUUGAAGUCGACCCUGGAGAUACAGUCCCAUGGUCCUCCAACAAUCCACGCUCUUUCUCCGACCCUACACGUGCAAGUGGCAACAACACCAACCAAGACGCAUAUACCUCGCCCAAGUCCCGCAACGACGGAGCUUUGUUCAGAGACGACAACACCCAUGCUUUCAACAGCGCCGAGCCUGAUCGUCCCGCCACCCCCCACUCCCAAUUCAAUUUCAAUCCUCCUUUCACCGGCACCCACACCAAAUACCAUCUCGACAAAUCGAGCUCCAGUCACGGAUCGAGCUCUGCACGCACCAAAAGCGUCAUGGAUCUCGGAUCUCCCAAGCACAGAGCGCCAAUUCCAGCAAAGGUACCACCAAGAAGACAUGAUCUCUAUCGUCCGCGUUAUCCUUCCAUGCCCGUUGAUGCUAACACUAGUUUCUGGGCUGGCCAUCUCAAUCAAGUUGGUUCGAGUCGUCCUCCUCCUUACUUCCCAAGUCCUUGGACUCUUGCUCCACACAAUGCUGCGGCUGGUGGAUUAUCUAGCUUCGAGGGAGUCGGUCGUGAAAGCACCGCGAGCGCAAAUGGUGGGUCUGCUUUCGCUGAUGGAGAAACCCGGGGUGUAUAUGGUAAUUAUACAGAUGGAGAGAAUCACGAGAGAGAGAACAAAAAGGCUCGGGUUGAGAGAUCUGAUGCUGGCAAUCUCUAUUUCGAUAAUACCUGUAAUUCUACCAGAGACCAUGGAAGUGGCGGGAUUUCAAGAGACGAGGGCGAAAAGCAGACUGCCAAUAGUAUGAAUGAUGCUGGAGAUGAUAUUGAGAUGGUUGAGUAA